AGUACUGCAGGCGAAGUAAACGAGGACAACUAGGUAAGAGAGAGAGAGAGAGAAAAGGAGUAGAGAGAGAGAGAGAGAGAGAGAGAGAGUCCGCUAUCAAUCAAAUCUCAUACAAACUCCCAUCUCCUCUGGUCCAUGUGUCCUUCAUGAUUUCUGGGCCUCCCAGUCCCAGCCAGCAGCGUAUAUGUAGAUUUUAAUUUUUUUCUCUCCCCCCUAAAGCUUUCUCGAGAAAAUUCAUGUUCUUUUUUCUCCUGAGAAAAUUCUCCUCCUUUUCCCCUCCUUGUAAAAGAUUUCUUUCAAAGUCGUCCACCAUGUUCUUCCGUAUCUUCAAGGAUAAAGAGGGGUUUUGAUUGAAGGUAGAAUUGAGAAAUGGAAGGUAGUAUCUUUACAGGCAUAGGAAAUGGAACCCAAGUAGAUGGUAAAGUUGUGCAGACAUUUCAGAAGAGCUUUGUUCAAGUCCAGGACAUUUUGGACCAGAACAGGUUGCUAAUUAACGAGAUUAACCAGAACCAUGAGUCUAAGAUCCCAGACAACUUAAGCCGGAACGUGGGAUUAAUCAGAGAGCUUAACAACAAUAUCAGAAGGGUGGUGGAUCUCUAUGCUGAUCUUUCAACAUCCUUCACCAAGUCGAUGGAAGUUUCGUCGGAAGGUGAAUCGGCGGGGACUUUAAGAUCCGAUGGAAAAACUAGUCAGAAGAGAAUUAGAUCCGGGUAGUUGUUGUUGUUGUUGUUGAUGUUUUCUAAUUGAGUCUCUCUUAUUGAUUCUGCAUAGGCUUCCAUUGUUGAAUAAGAAGAAUAUUCUGACACCCAAGGGAAAGAACCUGAUGAGAAUGUAUAACUGUUAACUCUUAUCUAUCAGUUUCAGAUAUGUUUAAUACUUUGACGGUCACUUGAAUUUUCACAGGCAUGAAUUAAACAUCAUUUGUGGAUUU